AUGGCGGUCGACGUGUGCCCAGCUGACUUCACCAGCUACCUCGCCGAGGAGGAGAGCAUCUUUCCCUGUGCUCUGACCUUUUGUCGGCCUCGACUGCUGGGGGAGGAGGGCCUGCCCUUCGCCGAGGUGGAGUACCAAGACAAGAUCCACUCGGUGCUGGAGUGGCCUUGCCUGGGACUGCCUUUCGCCUUCGCCGAAGGUCAUCUGCAGGUUCGCGUGUUCCUGGCCGAUGAUGAGGCUUCCUACCUUCAGGAGAAACGCCGCCCGCUGGGUGGUUUCCGCGUUUCCCUCCAGGACCUGGAACUCCGGUCCAUGACCUCCCAGGAGGUGUGGAUGCCCCUGUCCCGCCGUGGGUUGGAGGAGGAGGAGGCGCAGAGCCUAUCGCCCAUCCAUCGACGGCCUUUGGGACCCUCCAUGCGCAUACUGCUCCAGCACCGGGAAAGUCUCGAGAAACGAGUUUGGGCACUUUCCGUCGCAGAGAGGCACGCACGCCGUCGUACCUCCAGCAGCUCCAUGGCUGUGGGCAUCGAGCCUUUCGUCCACAGGCCCGAGGUGGCGGAGGGCUCUGGGUCCGUGGCGCGGUGGCGGCAGAAGUUUGAGAAGCAGCAGGAGCACACCGAGAUGUUGCUUCAACAGCAUGACGAGGCGCUGACUACUCUUGCGAGAGAAUCCCAGUCUCGACUUCAGAAAGCCGCCUCAGUGGCAGACUGCGCCCAUCGGCAGUCGCUGGCUUGCCUGGUCGAUGCUUGCCUCAGGAGCUGGGCAGCAUGGGUGGCUGCGGAGAAACGCGAACGCCAGUUCGAGCAGGUGGCUGAGGACCUUCAGGCCUUCCGCGAUCGCUGCUGCUCCAGCCGCAGUGCGGGCCAAGCGAAGGUUCUGGAGCUGCGCAGCGAGCAUGAGAAGGCGCAGCAGGAGGCUAAGCGGCAGGGGGCCUUGCGCCAAAAGAACUUGAUCACCUUAGCGUCCUGGCUGUUGCACGGAGAAAUGAGGUCUCAGGCGUACACGUGCUUCAACGCCUGGGUGCUCCAUGUGUGUCAGCGUGCCUUCCUCCAGCGCAUCCACGACACGCAGAAUGCCAAGCAUAGCCAGUUGUUCCUGCUCUCUGCCCUGCUGGCGUGGCGCUCUCUUUGCGGAGAUGAGCAGCUGGAGAGCCUUGUGGCACAGUGCCACCAGAAGGAGGUCUCCGCCUCUCGCAUGGCUCGCGCUGCUUCAGCCGAGGCUUUUGCGAGCUGCGUCGAGCGUACAGCACGCAAAGGCGUGCUGGAGGCGUCCCUGGAUUCCUGGGUGAACUACCUCGGCCGGACCCGGUUCAAUCAGGAGCUGGGAGGGGUCUUCUUCGACCUCACCGGACGUCUGGAUGCGAAGCGUCUCCUGGAGUCGACGCUGCUCACUUGGCACUCGGCGGUCUGCCAUGCCGACGCUCAGAUCCAGGCCGAGCGUGCCGGGCGCCGCGCUCGGGCGCGGAGACGCCGAGAGCUGACGCUGCGAGUGAUGGAUGCACCAGCCGCUGUGCGCAUGAACGGCGCGGCCUGGUUUGCCUUCUGCCGCUGGCGCGAUGUUGUGCAAGAGCAGUGCUUUCAGAAGGUCAUGGAGUCCCAUCUGACACAGAAGGAGCAGGCCCAAGCCGAGAUCCUGAGCGCGACAAAGGAAUUGGCGAGUCUCCAGGACAACAUGGCCCUUGAAGAGAAGCAGUGGGCCUCGGAGCGAGUGGACCUUUGGGAUCGCCUCCAGCACUUGCGGGUGAUGCUGACGGAGAGCAAGGCGAAGCGUCAGGAGCUGCACGAUCAACGGCUGCUUUUGGAGGCGAGAAAGGAGCAGCUGCUGUCUGAGAGGACCUAG